AUGAUGAGAUUUGAAACUCAUUCCAUGGCUGUGGUUGUGGCCAUCGUGAUCAUCAUCCUGACCACACAUGUCCAAGCUUGUACGAAUUCUACUGAAUGCUCAGCUCAAUACGUUUGCCGACAGAAUCAAUGUGUUCCCGUUUGUUUUGAUAUUCCUGCCGUGAUGACCUCUGUGGUCUGUGGUGGCACUGGACACGGGCGGUGCAUGGGUCCUAAUAACUGUACUUGCGACGCUAAUCGUUAUGGCCCUCAAUGCCAAUGUGUACGAGUAGGAGAUGGUAGUGGCAACACUGGCACAGGAUCUGUUGGAGGAGUCGACGCUUGCCUCAAUACCACGAUCGAAUUAAGGUGCAGUGGACAUGGAGCACUUCGUAUGGAUGGUUUAACUUGCGAAUGCCAGAGUGGUUUCUUUGGUGAACGGUGUACUAGCCAAAGCAACACGAUUCCAUGUAGUGGUCCAAAUUAUGUGAUGAGUACGGAUGGCCGUUGUAUUUGUGCCAUGGGAUAUUCGGGCAUUAAUUGCUCUCAAUCUGCACCUCCGAUCAUAACGACACCUCAUUGUAUGAAAUAUCGAUCUGAACUCAUCUUGCCCGAAUGUGCAUCGAUUGUAAAUUAUGAAUUCAUGAACACUGCAUUAAUUGGGAAUAAUGAAGUGCAUUAUAAUGAAACACAGUACGAGGCCCUGCUGAAUGAAAAGAUGCAAGCUCUUGCUGAAAAAGCUCGUCAACAAAUUCAACACGACAUGCGAACAUUUGAAACUUGUGCAACCACAUCUGAAAAUUGUAAACGUGCUUUACUUACCUUUUCGUGCAUGAGCGUAUAUCCAUCGUGUCGAUAUAUCGGUAAUGGAACGCCUGUGCCUGUCAAACUUUGCAAAGAAUCUUGCAUGUCAUUAUUUGGUCUCAUGCCCUCUAAUAAUGGUACUGCUGGUUCGGCUACAAGUGUUGCUGGCAGCAACAAUGAUCCCAAUGACAUGGUUGGAAGAAUAUGUCAAAAUUUAACAAGCUCGAAUGCUAAUGAGUCUUGUUUUAUGAUUAAUCCCAACAACAAUAACAACUCAAACCCCAUCUUCUGCGGACCAAAUUCGAUCAUCAUGCAUAAUGGAAGCUGUAUGUGCGAAGAGGGCUACACUGGCACCAAUUGCUCACUCUAUAACCCAAGACCUCAAUGUAUUCAAUACAAGUUCGACUAUUUGAAUACCAAAUGUACCUCACAUGCCAGAUAUUUGUAUUUGAAUACGUUAUUCGGUAGCACUGCCACGAAUAGACAACAAUUUGAGGAACGAAUUCGAGAGGGAUUUUCUAGUUUGUCACGCUCUGUGGACAUGAUGUUCGAAAAUGCUAAACAAAUGAGCAGUGAUUGCAAAACCGAUGCAUGUCACUUCGAAAUGUUGAAAUUUAUCUGCGCCUACAUUUAUCCUGCUUGUCUUCAUACCACCAACGACACCUCCACCGUUGUUUCUGCACGUAUGUGUAAGGGCUCAUGCCUUCAAACAUUAACCCCUCGCUUAAAUGAGACUCAGUACCGGCCCCUAUGCGAUCCGCUAUCAAAUUCUGAUUGUAUUAUGUAUCCUGAUCCUGUGCCUCAAAAUGGUUGUGGGCUCCAUGGUCAACUUCAACAGAAUGGAAUAUGCCAAUGUCAAGACCAAUACUUUGGAAAUGACUGCUCCAUUUAUAUCCCAAGACCUCAAUGUAUCCGCUAUCCAACCGAGCGCCUCCAUCCAAAAUGUUAUCCUUAUGUGACCUAUGAUUAUUUGAAUACCAUGUUCCUUACAAACGCUACAUCCAAUCCACAAAGCUUUGAUCAAAAUUUGAUGAUUGCCUUUUCCAACAUGUCACUGUAUGUUGAACACAUGAGUUCCAAGUUAUUGCCUUUGUGUGAAGCUCUUGAGGAAUCAUGUAAGAGAAGAUUGGAGAGAUUUAUAUGUUUGUUUGUCUAUCCUGCAUGCAAAAGAACGAGUGCAACCUCUUCAACAACUGAUCAGACACUUGUUCCUGCACGCAUGUGCAAAUCUUCAUGUAUGAAUACCCUUUUACCAUUUGCCAAACCAGACCUAUUGCCUCUGUGCAACGAUUUGAGAGAAGAUAUUUGCAUUGCCAUUCCUCAAGACAAUGUCAACUCGUAUCGAUGCGGAGGUUUACUACCCACAGAUGAAAAAGUUUGCAAUCGAAAUGGUAUUUGUUUGGCCGGUUUUUGCAAUUGCAGCUCUGGAUAUUCAGGUGCUUUGUGUGAUCGUUAUGUUUGCACGAACAAUUGUAAUGGAAAAGGUCAAUGCGUUGGACCCAAUCGAUGCGAAUGCACAUCAGGCUUUAGUGGUUCUGACUGCUCUCAAUUUGCUUUACCACAAGCAUGCGUCUCCAUUCCAAGCACUGCGAUUCCGUUCUGUAAAAACUAUGGAGUGAAUUACAACGUGUUAAAUUUGGACUUCUCUGUGGGAGCAAAAAACAAUUCUCAUGCUAUUCAAGUUUUCAUGGAUGCUGUGAGUGAAGCAGAUCGACAAGCUCAAACGAACUACAAUGAAUUUGUUGCUGCCAAGAAUUUAUGUAACUCGUCAGUACCAUCCUGUGAUAUUGCUCCCCUAAAGAAAUAUUUCUGUUUACAGCAAUUCAAGUUGUGUACAAACAGCAAUCCUAGGAUGUCACUAUGUCGAUCAGUUUGCCAACAAAUUUCUGCCUCGAGCAAUAUUACCUUAAAUUGCGAUCUGCUGCCCACUGAAGGUUGUAACUUUGGUAGUUAUUUGCCAACUAGUGUCACUUGUUUUGGCUUGAGAAGAGACAAUCCUCAAGUAUGCUUUGGAAAAGGCCAAUGCAUUGCUCAAGACCAAUGCCAAUGCUUUACAGGUUUUGGUGGUGAUAGGUGUGACAAAUAUAUUUGUCACUCCAAAUUAUCGAACGAUCCAUCUGUAUGCUCAGGAAAUGGUACUUGUCUAUUCAGUGAUUAUUGUCAAUGUCGAAGAGGUUACACUGGUAGAUUGUGUGAUAUUCCAACUUGUAAUGGCCUCACAGAUGUGAUGGGCGGCUGUUCAUGGAGGGGCAAGUGUGAAACAAUAGAUCGAUGUGUUUGUGAUUCUCCUUCAUUGGAGCCAUCAUCUUUUUGCUCAAGAUGUAAAAAAGGGUAUGAGGGACCUAACUGUGAAUAUCCUAUAUGCUUCAAAGUUCAGUCCAAUUAUGGAAGUGUUUGUUCGGGACAUGGUCGAUGCACAAGCCCAAACAAUUGCGUUUGUGACAACGGUUACACGGGAAAUGCAUGCCAAUCCUUCACUUGUUAUGGAACAGAUGCCAGAAAUUCAACUGUUUGUGGAGGUCAUGGUCGGUGUGUAGCUCCAGACACCUGUGUCUGUGAACCAAGGUGGAACGAUGGAAGAAAUUGUACAUCCUGUAGUCCUGCUUUCAAUGGACCUCAAUGCGAGAAUCAAUUUUGUUCCAAGGCUAUCACUUGUAACAAUCGAGGAGAGUGCAUAAAUAACGAGUGCACAUGCUCUGGUAAUUUUGGUGGCAGGUUUUGUGAGAAAUGUGCUCCUGGUUUUGUAGGAGAAAAUUGUGACAUUUUGUGUACUUCUGCAUUGAAUUGUUCUUCGAAUGGCGUCUGCUCUAGGAAUGGGUCUUGUGAAUGUUAUCAACGAUUUACUGGUGCCAAGUGUGAUACAUGCUCAGGUGCAUGGUCUGGUUCUGGCUGCAUGUUUAAUUUACCUUCUGUGUUGACUUUCAGUGCGAAUGGAGAUAGACUUGUUGGAACCUACUACUCCUCAAUCAGAAAACGAAUAGAGUGUAAGAGUUUAAUCACCGAUGAUAGUCUUGAUAAGAUUGGUGGUGACGAUGCUGACUGCAAUUUACUUUCAGAUGGUACCUUUGAAAUUGUACUUGGUGCCUUUGCAACAGUGACCACUGGAGAUGUUAUUUCGUUUUAUCAGGAUCCAUCUAAAGGUGACUCUUCUCCAACUGUGGACGUUCCUGUUGCUUCAGGUUCAUUUAUUCCAGCACAACCUACAGCCAUUCUCUUUGUUGAAAAGAAUGUUGUGUCGUCAUGUGAUCGAGUAGUAUUGGAUGCUUCAGCCUCGGCCACAUUGGACGGUAGAAAAUUGCAAUAUUCUUGGUCUGCGUCAACAGCUCCCUCGAGCGAUAUGCUUUAUUUCCUCAAUGAACGUUUCUCUCAAUGGAAAUACUCGAUUAUGACCUUUGAUGCUUCACUUCUUGAAACAGGCACCUAUACAGUAGAAGUAACAGUUCAAAGUUCAUUCAAUACAUUCUCCAAACAAUCUAUUUCGUUUGAUGUCAUUGGAAAUGCUGUGCCAACAAUUUCUCUGAAAGAAGGAUUGAGUCCAACAGUCAAUAUUGGUUCUCUCGCGUUAAUCAACGCUCACAUUCGAUUCCCACUGUGCUACAAUGGCAAUCCAAGAUUAACCAGAUGGAAUUACACCAUGGAUGAGACCAAAUCUUCAGCUGCCAAUGUUGACAUUAAAUUCAGAGAUGGAAUUUUAGUAUUUGGACCAAGUUAUACCGUACUUCCCAUUGAGGGAGAUUAUUAUUUUUCUGUGACAGCUCAAGCAGAUAGAGCUCAACCUGUUUCAUUACAAUUUAAGGUAACAGCUGUUGCAAAACCAUUGCUUGUGAAAUUUGACAUCUUUGACGUCACUCAAUCCACUGACGAAGUGUUAUCGUUCAAUGUUUUGACACUAGAUCCAAGUGCCACCAGUGAUACCUCCACACUCAACAUUUCAUGCUUUGAUUUAGUCAACGCAGUAGAUUGUGCGAACCUUCCCUCACCUAUACAGACGCCAUUCUCGAGCAAGCUUUUGGAAGGCAAGUACAAAUUCACAGCUACCUACAGUAAAGGUGUAAGAAGUAAUAGCGCCUCCUUAACUGUUACUGUGGUGAAUAUGGCCAGAGACGCAAUGAUCCGAGUGUCCAUAGUGGCCAUGUCCGUUGGCAUGUCGAAUCAAGUGGCUGACAUGACUGCUGUUGAUCCUUCGAAAGAUUUGGUUCUUCUAUCCAGGUUCAUUGAUCGUGUCUCACGGCCUACUUAUUUGUGGGAAAGUGAUGAUUUGUCAUUGGAUGAUAUCGAGUGCACUCUGAGCUAUUUGAAACUUCCAAAAACUCUCUUAACAGGUACUUUCACCAUUCGAUUGACUGUGACCGAUGGUACAACACGAACAGGUAGUACUUCCCUAACCUUCACUAUGAAUCAACCACCCUCAAAGGGAGUGUUUGAAAUUAGUCCCAACAGUGGUGUAGCUCUCAAAACCCUUUUCAACAUUGGUUGUUCGAAUGGCUUUAGUGACCCUCACUUACCUCUCACCUAUCAAUUCUUUUAUUAUGAUCAGUGGAUUGGAGAUUGGAAACAACUCAAUGAUCGCUCGGAGAGAAAAUCCAUUACAUCCCCAUUACCUGUGGGUAGUGGAAGUGGAAAUACGUUGAGGAUUAAGGCCGUUGUUUAUGAUUCGAAAUUAGCAUCAACAUCGGUAGAAACGAGUGUUGUGGUAACAGCUCCCUCAGCCGAAGAAGCUCGAUCCAUUCUUCUCAAUACCACCACCCAAGGAACCAUCUCGCAAUCAACUGCUACUGCUGCUUUGGAUCUUCUCAAGACGAUUCAAACCAAUGAUUCGAACAUUAUUCGACAAAUGAAAGAUGUUGGAUCUCAAUAUAUCAAUGCUUAUUUUGAAAAUGUAGAAGAACAGGUGGCUAUUUCUGGAGAAACGAGUGACAGUGCCUCAGCUAAAAUAGAUGUUAUUAACACAGCAAGUGGUAGUUCAGCUUACCUUCACGACUCGACUUCCUCGACUUUGAUUUCCAAACUUUUGAACACUACAUCACUAAUUUCAUCCUCUGGAACCAUCAAUACUGAAUCAAGCACUUUGGAUAUUGCCAAACAAGCCGCAGAUUCACUCUUUACUCGUGUAAAUCAAGCUGGAAUGACCUCAAGAAAAGCAAACGCUUUCAGCAAAACCGACAUUGACAAUUUGAAACAAAUCUACCACUCAUUGUUAAUAUCAUAUACCAAAAACUUAGCUCCUGAUAUGCCUGCAACUAGAUUAGCUGCUCAGGGAAUACUCGGCUAUAAUCGCAAGCUCAAUGCAGCAACACUGAAUGGUUUGGCUGAAAUUGUUGAUGGAAAGCACAAGUAUGCCCUUUCUCAAAACUUUUCCAAGAUUCCAGAAAUUGCCUUACAUUCUUCUGUUAAUAUCAUGAUGAGAAUCUACAACAUGUCAACAGCGUUAUCCGAAUUCCCCAUUCAUACCUUAAACAUCACUUCAAAAGUCAUUGACUUUUCCGUGAUACCAGAACAGUCCAUGAAAAUUGAAAUCAAACGCCAACCACACUCAAUAGCCAACCUUACUUUUGAAUCUGUAAAAAAGAGUAGCAAUGCCAGAGCGUUGUUACAAGCCACCGAUACCAUGGCUUGUAGAGUUUGGAAUGAAGCAACCAAGACCUUUGAGGUUUCAUCCGAUUGUACGAUUAUUGAGAAGAACGUUGAUACCACUGUGGCCUCUGUGAAAAGUACGGGAAUAUUCAUCUUGACCACUGAGAAUGUGAGUCCUUCAAUUAUUACACCAACUCAUUCCUCAAGAAAUACCAGUGUCAAUGGUGCUGUAACAUGUUUCAUGAUGCCAAUAAUUACCUCUCUCUUGAUUUCAUUGGUGGUGUUGGUGUUGUUGUAG